AUGGAGAGUUGCUCCUUCACUGGCAGCCGAGCGCUUAGGAGACUGAGAGCUGCAGCAGCAGCAGCAGCCUCCGCAGCUCUAGCAGCAGUGGCGACCACCCCGCUUCUUUCCUCGGGAACCCCGACCGCACUCAUUGGGACCGGGUCGUCCUGUCCGGGAGCCAUGUGGCUCCCCACGGCCACUGGCUCCCGGUCAGACUCCGAGUCUGAAGAGGAGGACCUCCCCGUCGGGGAUGAAGUCUGCAAACGCGGCUACCUGAGGAAGCAGAGGCAUGGGCACAGACGUUACUUCGUGCUCAAACUCGAGACCGAAGACGCCCCGGCUCGGCUCGAAUACUACGAAAAUGCCAGGAAGUUCCGGCACAGUGUCCGCGCCGCGGCCGCUGCGGCAGCGGCUGCCGCCUCCGGUGAGGCGGUCCCCGCGCUCAUCCCGCCGAGGCGAGUGAUCAUCCUGUACCAGUGUUUCUCCGUGAGCAAACGAGCUGAUGCCAGGUACCAAUACCUCAUUGCCCUUUUCACCCAGGACGAGUACUUCGCGUUGGCGGCCGAGAACGAGUCGGAACAACAAAGCUGGUACUCGCUCCUCAGCCGCCUCAUCCUCGAUAGCAAGCGCCGCCGCUGCGGCUUGCUAGGCGCGCAGCCGGACGGAGAUCCGGAUGCCCUGGCAGGAGCAGCGGCGGCGGAGCCACACCUCUAUAAAGAUGUGUGGCAGGUAGUAAUAAAACCCAAGGGGCUGGGGCAAAGAAAAGAGCUGAGCGGCGUGUUCCGGCUGUGUCUUACCGACGAGGAGGUCGUGUUUGUAAGGCUCAAUAGCGAAGUGGCCAGUAUGGUCUUCCAGCUCCUGAGCAUUCGUCGCUGUGGUCACUCGGAGCAGUACUUCUUCUUGGAAGUUGGCAGGUCCACUGUCACCGGUCCAGGGGAGCUGUGGAUGCAGGUGGAUGACUGUGUGGUGGCCCAAAAUAUGCAUGAGAUGUUUUUGCAGAAGAUGAGAGCCUUGUGCGCAGACGAAUACAGAGCCCGAUGCCGCAGCUACAGCAUCAGUAUCGGCGGCCACCUGUUAACCCUGCUGUCCGCUAGGAGGCUCCUGGGCUCGCACCCGCUGGAACCCUGCGGCUGGCUCCGAAGAUACCGCUAUGAGCACUAUUGCCACCUCAGGGCAAUGAAUGAAAGGGAAGAGAUGCUCUUUAACAGGCGAAUGAGACCCUCCGAGCCUCUACCUCCCUCCAGGCUAGGAAGGGAGCAUCUGCCCAGAGCCCACAGGUCCAGGAGAGCGGUUUCAGUACCACCCACCUUUUUACAAAACCGCUUAGCACCACCGCACCCCGAAGAAGUCUCCAACGACAGAGCUUGUGAGCCCUCGGGCUCCAGCUCUAGCAACUCUGAAGAAAAAGACAAGUACGCUGAGGAAGGGAACGAAGGUGAUUAUAUGCCCAUGAACAACUGGGGCUCAGGAAAUGGCCGGGGGUCAGGAGGUGGCCAGGGCUCAAGCGGUCAAGGCUCCAGCAGUCAGGGCUCAGGAGGAAACCAGUACUCAGGUGGCAGGCAGGGAUCUGGAGGUGGCCAGGGCUCAGGAGGUCAGGGUGCUGCUGGAGGAAAACCAGUAUUCAGGAAAUGGGGCAGGGCACAGCAGGUGGCCAUGGCUUCAGGUGGAGGCCAGAGGCGUGGAGGUGGCCAUGGCUCAAGUGGUGGCCAGGGACCUGGCGAUGGUCAUGGCUCAGGUGGUGGCAAGAACCCAGGAGGGGCCAAGGGCUCAGGAAGUGGGAAAAACUCCGAUGAUGGUGACCGUGGAAAAUCUCUGAAGAAAAGAUCGUACUUUGGUAAAUUCACUCAAAGCAAGCAACAGCAAAUGCUGCCGCCGCCACCGCCGCCGCCGCCACCCCCAUCAACUGGAGCAACUGGCGGGAAAGGGAAGUCUGGGGGAAGGUUCCGACUUUAUUUUUGUGCGGACAAAGGAUCCACAAAAGAACGCAAAGAAGUCAAAGAGGUGAGAAAUAGGGAGACCCUAGAAGGUGCAACCCGGGCGCCUUACAGAGCCAGAGCUUUUGAUGAAGACGAGGAUGACCCAUAUGUGCCAAUGAGGCCAGGGGUGGCUGCUCCCCUUGCGUGUUCCAGUGACUACAUGCUAAUGGCUCCUCAAAAUUCCUCCGCUUCAAAGAAGGGCCACUCUAAGUCAACAUUUGAAGACUCCAGAGAGUACAUGAUGAUGUUUCCCAGAGUGAACCCACGGCCACCUGCCCCAAGUCCUCCAAAAGCACCGGAUACUAAUAAAGAGGAUGACUCUAAGGACAAUGACAGUGACAGUGACUACAUGUUUAUGGCUCCUGGAGCGGGUGCGAUUCCUAAAAAUCCCCCCAAUCCUCGGGGAGGCUCUUCCUCCAAAAGUUGGAGCUCUUACUUCUCUCUGCCAAGUCAUUUUCAGAGGUCUCCCUUGGGACAGAGCGACCAUAGUGAGUACGUUCCGAUGCUGCCUGGGAAAUUCCUGGGGAGGGGUCUAGACAAAGAAACCUCCUUGGGCCGGGCCACCAGAGAUGUGGCUACGGAGACUUCCGAUGAUUGGUUAUUCUCCAAACCUGGAGAUAGGGGUUCACCUGCAAAGCCUUCAGAUGACGAGUCCCCAGUGAACAAGGCUGAGGGACUUAACGGACUUUCUUUUACUUCAAAAGAAAGUAAUAUCAAGGCCAAACCAGUAAAGCCCACACAGGAGCAGAGAGGAACUGAUAGCUCUCAUGAAUAUGUCAACAUUGACUUCAUUGAGAGAGAGCUCCGUGCACCACCUCUCUCUGCUCAAGGACUGCCAGAUUCGUGGGGCUUAAUUUUUGACCCCAGACGCACAGGUAUUUCUAGUUACCUGAAUAUUGAAGUCGGGGUGCCCUUUCCAAAUCGAGCAAACCGUCUCUCCGAACUUUUAAGAGUUCUGCCAGGUGCCAGCGCUAUCUCUCUGGCCCGCACUAGGUGGCCCUUUUAUCCUGUUCCAGGCAUUACUACAGGUAGUAUUGUGGAAGACGGUGACUACAUUGAAUUAUAUUUCAACCCGGUCAUGAGACCAAUCAUGCCUUUUGCUGACAGUGUCAUUCGCUAUGAUGCUCUAACCGGUGAAAUGUAUGUAGUCGACCCAUUUUCUGAGUGCUGUAUGGACAUUUCUCUCUUUCCUGGUCGGUAUUCUGAGCCGCCACCUGUAGCUAGGCUGCUGCUGCAGGAGGAAGUGCAGGAGAGAAGACGCCCACAAAGCCGUUCCCAAAGUUUAUUUGCCAACACCCGAGCUGCGGUCUCUGCUUUCCCCACUGACAUCUUCGACAGUGAUUUUCCCGCGGUUUCGGCCAGGGUUGCUGAUACAACUGAGGAGCCCCUUUUGGCAGUGAGCCAGGCGUUAGCGGUGGUCUCUGCGCUCGCAGCGGCCCCCGGCUUUGGCGUUCUCUUUGGCGGCUUCCAGAGCUCUGCCAGAUUUGACUCCGCCUCCUUUCGCUGGUUCCAACCUGUUGCUAAUGCUCUGGGUGCCCAGGUUGUAAGAGGGGUCCAGGACAUUGCAGCAGGCUGGAAUCAUGGAGCAGGUAACCAAGCUGCCGGAGGUGAGGACCUGGCGGCCCGCGCAGGCGCUCCUCCAUCUCCACCUCGCCAGCGAAGGGUGCUGAGACCCCCAGAGAGCGAGGAUUCUGAGGACAACGACGACGAUGACGACGACAUUUACGUGAGAAUGGACUUUGCCAGACGUGACUACAAGAAGUGA